AUGGCGCAAUUCAGGUCAAAGACAUUGGACAUCAGCUGUUUCAUUAACGCGAGAAAUAUUCGCGACCAUACCAAACGGAAAGUCUUUGCAGAAUACGAAUCGGAGAGGCAAGCCCUCCGAUACAUCACACGAAAUACCACCCUUCCUCAAAGAAUGCGAGCCCAGGCACAUCUCCAACUCUCACAAAUGCACUGCUACACAAGGUUCACACAGAUCAAGAAUCGUUGCAUCAUGGGCGGAAGAGGUCGUGGUGUAUUCAGUGACUUUAAGAUGGCAAGGUAUCAAUUCAGGGUUCAAGCUCUAGCUGGAAAUGUUCCAGGCGUAAAGAAAGCCAGUUGGUAG